AUGAGUAUCGAACUAUCCCCAAACGAAGAAAAGCGCCUACAUUCAAUAUUAGAUAGAGGGAUUGAAGCUUUACGAGACAGUGGAGAAUUCUCCCACUCACAAAUUAUGACUAGCAAAAGCCAAUCACAGUUAGAAAGUUCUUUCAAAGGAUCCGCUGGGACACUGACUCCCCCCCCUUUAAAUUGAAACAAAAAAUUUUGUUUCAAUUUAAAGGGGGGUUAAGAACAUUUUUUUAUAAAAAAUUUAUAUAUAAAUUUUUUUUUCAGAGAUAAAAUUUUAUAGAAAAUAAAUUAUAUAAAUUUAAAGAAUUUCAUGAAAAAUUAAUUCAUAAAUUUCUCAAUCUCAAAGUGCAAACUUGCUGAAAUGGUAUUCUUCUAACUCUCCCCAUAACAAUUGGACAAAAUAGAGUUUAAAUUUCUAAAUCUUAUAUGUUUGAAGCAUAUUAAAUAGGGUAUUAACGUAUUUACAUAUAAAAUAAUGAUUUUUACCUAUAAAAUUUUCUAUUAUAAUAAAAUUUUGUUUAAAUUUAAAGGGGGGGUAAUUUCCCAAAAAAGUAGGAAUUUUACCUAUAUUUUGUUUCAAUUUAAAGGGGGGGGAGUGAGUACAAAUGCUUUACAAGAUUCAAGUAAAGUAUCAAAUAUAAACUCUGAGCUUUUAGCUCUACAAGGGAAAUUUGCAGAGCUCGAAGCCAAACUUGCAAGAAGAACUCCUUCACCUAUAGAAAACAUUAAGACUACCAAAAAAAUAUCCAACCCUACCAAAUCUUCUUUAAAAUCGACUAAAAAAACUCCACGACGCCCAUUAAACCGCUAUAAUUCAAAUUCCCCAAAUUUAUCGCGAAACUCUUCCAAAAAGUCUCCACUGAAUUCCAAAAAAUCUUCAAGAAAAUCCUCUGCAAGCUCCAUAAAAAGAUCUAGCUCCAAUAGUAGAGUUUACCAAAGCAUAGAAAACUCUGAAAGAGAAAUUUAUAAGCUAGAAAGAAGCAUGACCCCGCUAUCCCGAGCUCAAUCGAUUAAUAUCAAUAGAAAUAUUGAUAAAAUAAGGCAGCAAUUAGAUGAAGAAAGAAAAAUCGGGGAAAAAUUGACGAGGGAAAAUGAUAAUUUGAAAAGAGAACUUGGAAAAAGAGAUGAAUUGAGGAAAAAAAUAGCAAAGCUGCAGGAUGAUUAUAACGAAUUAGCAAUUUCAUUUGAAAGAAGUGAAGCUGUAAGGAAAAAGCAAAAAGAUCUCAUAGAAAAAUUAAAAGCUGAGCUGAGAAUUUUACAAGAGGACCCAGGAGCUAUCAGAGAGCUCCCAAGAGCUGCCGACCAAUAUAUCAGACCACCUUCUGCCAAAAUAAAGAAAAAAUCCGGAAAAAAGGGAAAAAGCUAUAAACCCUAA